GAGAGACGCUAGAGUCGCGCUCGACGGUCUGACGACGCUCUCCAUGGCUGAGUCGGUCUGGCAGCCCUCCGCCCGCCGCAAGGCCGGGGCCCCCCGAGCCCCCCGAAACGCCUCAGGUAUUAAACAGAGAAGUGCCUUGAAACAAGAUGCUUCUAAAAGGAAAGCAGAGCUAGAAGAGACUGUGAGAAAGAAGACUGAGUUUGAGAGAAAAGCUCUACAUAUUGUUGAACAGCUUUUAGAAGAGAAUAUUACAGAAGAAUACUUAAGGGAGUGUGGGAUGUUUAUCACGCCUGCUCACUACAGCGAUGUUGUGGAUGAGCGUUCUAUUAUCAAGCUCUGUGGUUAUCCCAUAUGUCAGAAGAAGCUAGGAAUUGUACCAAAACAGAAAUACAAGAUUUCUACCAAAACCAAUAAAGUCUAUGAUAUCACUGAAAGAAAGUGUUUUUGCAGCAAUUUUUGUUACAAAGCAUCUAAGUUUUUUGAAGCACAAAUUCCUACAACUCCAGUAUGGGUUCGAGAAGAAGAAAGGCAUCCUAGUUUUCAGCUGCUACAGAAAGGAAACAGUGGCCAUUCUGGCGAAGAAGUACAGUUACGCAGUGAGGCCAUUAAAACAUCAGAUAUUGACAAUCCUGGCGAUUUUAAGAAGCAAUAUGAAUCUAGUUCUUCUAGCACUCAUAGUGAUAGUAGCAGUGAUAAUGAGCAAGACUUUGUUUCCUCCAUUCUACCAGGAAACAAACCAAAUGCAACGGGUAUAAGGCCACAGCUGCACAAAAUAAGCAUAAUGAAAAAGAAAGCUGGUCAGAAAGCUAACUUCAAGCAAGAAGACAAAGAACAGACAGUAAUAGAAGUCACUGAGCAGUUAGGCAAUUGCAGAUUAGAUAAUCAGGAGAAAGCUGCUGCUUGUGAACUUCCUUUACAGAAAGUAAAUACUCAGAUUUCUUCAAGUAGUUCUUUGAGACAAAAAUUAGAGGCCUCAGAAAUUUCUGAAAAUAAAUACAGUAGUUCAGAAAUAACUCUCGUAGGCAUAAGUAAGAAAAGUGCUGAGCAUUUUAAGAAGAAAUUUGCCAAAUCAAACCAAGUUUCUAGGUCAUCUUCUAGUUCAGUGCAGGUGUAUCCUGAAGUUGCAAAGGCAAACUUAAUUAAGGUUCUGAAGGAGACUUUCAUUGAGUGGAAGACAGAAGAAACUUUGAGGUUUUUGUAUGGCGAGAAUUAUGCGUCUGUGUGUCUGAAACCGUCUUCAGCCCCUCUGGUUAAAGAAGAAGAACUUGAUGAAGAUGACAUAAACUCUGACCUAGAUAGUCAUUCCCCUGCCUUACAGGAAUCUCAGGACAGCUUAGAUGAGUCUUUGCCUUUUAGGUCCUCAGAUACAGCCACUAAACCACUGCCAAGUUAUGAGAACUUGAAAAAAGAAACUGAAACAUUAAACCUAAGGAUCAGGGAAUUUUACAGAGGACGAUAUGUUUUAAAUGAAGAAACCACCAAAUCACAAGACUCAGAAGAGCAUGAUGAUCCCACCUUUCCACUGAUAGACUCAAGUUCUCAGAACCAGAUUAGAAAACGCAUCGUACUUGAAAAAUUGAGUAAAGUUUUGCCUGGACUUCUGGGACCUCUUCAGAUUACAUUAGGAGAUAUUUACACACAACUUAAAAAUCUCGUCCGAACUUUCAGAUUAACAAAUAGAAAUAUUAUACACAAACCUGCAGAAUGGACUUUAAUUGCUGUGGUGUUGCUGUCAUUACUGACACCGAUUCUUGGCAUUCAGAAACAUUCUCAGGAAAAUGUGGUGUUUACACAGUUUAUAGCCACCCUGCUUGAAGAAUUACAUUUAAAGAAUGAAGACCUUGCAAGUUUAACCUUCAUAUUUAGAACCAGCUGUUAGCCAGAGUGGUAAUAAUCCAAGAAGACUGAAUAGAAAAUCAACUUCUCACCAUUUCUGGAAUUCUAGCCACAAUUAUGGUCUCAUGGUGACUGAUAACUAGUUUUGUUCGCAGAAAACCCUUUACCGUCUUAGAUUUCAAGUGCCUACCUCCUAGUCCUUAAAUGUACAGAGUGACUUCUCCAGAUAGAGGAGAACCAUUAUUCCAACAAGGAUAACCAAGUCCUUGCAUCCCUUGCUAUAAGACAUAUUAUUUUUAUUUAUUUGAAAAUGCAAGUUAAAGUCUUAAGUUGAAAUUUAAAUGACUAUUCAAGAAAAUACAAUGACUGGUUUUUUUUUUCUGGCUGAUACCAGCCAUCACAUCAACUUGACCAAAAAAUUGGGAGAAGUCCGAUUUUAGCCUCAUAAUCUAAACUCUAGAUUCUGAAGAACAGUAAAGAGGUCAAUAAAUACAAUCUAAGAUAAAGCACUUUAGAAGUCUAGUCAUUAGUUUUUUAAAAGAAGCUGCCUGUGCUGUAAUGUGGUUAACCUCACAGGUCCAAAACAAGAGUCCUCAGGACUCAAGGAAAU